AUGAAAGGUUUCGGGCCUUGGGAGGAUGCAAUCGACUACACCAAGGUGGCGGUACAGAGAGCCAUUGACCGCAGGACUGACACCAUGUCUCGUAUAACUCUGUCAACUGUCAAGGCAGUCAAAGAGAGUCACAGAGGGGUUGGUCACACCGGAGACAGAACAGAAAAAAACGAUAGCGACUAUGUUGCCGAGAGAGAAAGAAUCAAAGUCUGUCGGCCCAGGGGGGGGGGCCAAGAAGAUUGGAUACGCUUUGUUCCGGCGGAUGCCGCGCCCUUGGAAAUCAGUUCGACGCGGAUAAGGAAAUUCCUGGAGGAAGACUCGUCUAUCAAGACUCUUGACGAACUCAGAGAGACAGUCUUGCAUCCAGAGCUGCUCGAAAAGAUGAUGCUUGAGUACAGUCGCUAG